AAAAAGUGUUGCAUUAUCAUCAAGUAUUUUAAAUGUGCUUUCCAAAUCCUACCGAUUCCGGUAGCGGACGUAGUAGGGGUGCAGACGAAACAGCAAAUAAAAACCACCUGCUCAAAAACCACCACCAAACAACAUUUGUCCUCAAAACAACGCCACUCUUCAUGCUUCACGGUUAUUACAUAUUACAAAUUUACUCUAACCUACAUCACGCCGCCAUAUAUUCGCUGGUAAGACAAUCAGCAAGCCACCCAUUGCGUCAAGCAGUAAACUCACCUCUCAGCACCGGACACUAUCUAGUAAAUCGUCUUUUUUAUUUUUAAAAUAUUUAGCGUAAAAUUGUCAAAAAUAUAUUUCAUACAAGGCAUAUCCAUGAUACAUCAUGGCAUUAUGGCAUGGUAUCAUGGUCAUAUCGAUGUGCCUUGAUUUCAUAGCUACAAAAAAUUAUUGGGAUUUAGUUUUGGUGAAUGGUGUUUUAUAUAAUUAUAUAAUUAUUUAUUUUUUGAUUUGCCGGAAAUGGAAAAUCUACUUGAGCACAGUUGUUUAUUUAAUAAUAACUAAAUAAGCUACGCAAAUAUUAACAAAUAAAUAUCUCAAAUUGAGUGAAAAUGUCUAAUGAAUUGAACUCGGAUGAGGAAAAAUAUGCAAACGAAUCCUUCGAAAAUGAUACAGACGAGAUUCCUGAAAUUUCUGAAACAGAGAGUGAAAGCGAAGGAGAGCCGGCAGUUGUGUCUUCAAAUAGUAACCUGUAUGCCUACGCACGGAAUCGUUUCAACGGACGCAAAAACUCCUUGCAGAAUAAAAAUUAUGUGCCCUUCGACAGUUCUUCGGAAGACGAUCAGGAUGUUGUUAUCAGUGAAACCAUUGCUGAAAUCAAUACGGAACCAAUGUGCAUGGAAGACGCCAUCCAAACCCAAAGAACACCUAUCAAUUCUGCGCUAACACGCCGGGGCAGUGAAUCUCUUGCUACAGUUGAGAUUCCAAAUUUUCCAUCCUAUGCCAGUGAUGGUGGCAUUAUCGACGAAGUCUCGGAUAGUGACGAAACAAAAGCCCAAUUGUCGUUAGAAAAUGAAAGUCAAUUGCUGAAAAAAUUUAACGAUUUAAAUUGUGGUAAAGAUGAGUUGUCAGCGGCAGUACAAUUAGAAGAUGAAGUAUUAGCAGCCAGCAGCUUUCUUCAGCCGGAUGUGGCCUACGAAGAGGAGUCUGUGAACGAGUCCCAAAGGGCGAGCAUGAACGAUCAGAAUACACCAUUAGUAGACACUUGUCGACAAGAUCUGGUGAGUUUUUCCGAUACCGAUAACUUCAGCGAAUAUCCGUCCAAGGAAAUGGAUAAUGAGCCCGUUGAAUAUGAACCAAGUAUUGAGGUGCAUAUUAGUAGUGAAACACCUUUAAGCUUCAAUUCAGAUGAUUAUGCCUUUCAUCUAAACUUUUUAAAAAGCAAUGGUUCCAAUGAGCAAUUGCGUAUCCGCCAUCAGCAACGCAAAAGCUGGAGCUUUUCAAAUGACCGUAUGCGCGAAAUAGAGCGUCAUAACCACAUUCUGCUCCGAAAGAUACUCUCUCAAAAGCCAACAUACCAUUGGGCUACGACAAAACCAACUAAGUUCACAACAUUACCCCCGACGACACGCAUCACCAGCGCAGCUAUCAACCGUAAAAAGAAGCAACGACAGAUUGACAUGGAUAAUCAAGGACUUAAAAGACGCAUAGAGGCAAUAUCACUGCGACGUCCAACGGUGCAACAUUUAAAUUAACAAUAAAUGUUUCUGGAUUUCGGAAACAUACACAUUUGAAUUACUAAUUUAGACUAAAUGAUUAAACCAGGAAAAUAUAUUUUUGUCAUUUAAGUAUUACUAAUAAAAAAGUUUUCGUUUUAGUUAUUAUGUGGGAAGUAACAAUAGAAAUAAGUAUGUUUUAAAAUUUAAUCACUCCAUUACUUUAAUAAUGUCUUAAUCCAAAAAUUUAAAAUUUUUUUUUUGUUAAACAGCUAUAUAAUACCCCAAAAGAUGGCUGGAACCACAAACUAAUUCUUACGAUGCCAGGUUACACAAAAUAUUGAUUGUGGAAACAAAACCAUAUAUUCUUUCAUAAAUAUUCUCCAAUUGAUUGAUAGGCGUGAGCCGGAUUUUUACAAAUUAUUAUAAAAGUUACAAACAAGAAUACAAAAAGAAAAAAA